UGCAUAUCAUUGGCUUAUAGUUCGAUCCUCCUCAGCUUUGAAGUGACUGAACGCCCACACGACUUACAGCAUGCAUUCAUCAAUGCAACGGUUACCCUCACGCUGAACACCGUUGCGUUCAGCGCAUUUGUUGCCGACUUCGCUCUUCUCCAUCCUCUCGACAGGAAGGAAUUGAGCAGACCUACUCAGUCUUUUCGACCGUGCGCAUGCACAAACUGUAAUACCUUGGCCGUGCGCACUGCACUUCAUCACCGUCACUGACGACUUCUUCCAUGUCACCUUUACCAUCUUCUGGAAUGGCAUCGUUCGCAGAGAUUUUGGCGAAGAAGCCGAAAGUACAAACCCGCCAGGCAUUGAUGGUCAUUGGUCUUCAGAACGAUUUCAUCACUUCUGCUGGCCACUUACCCGUGGACACCACCUCUGGCUUUCUCGAUCGCAUCCACUCUCUGAUCCCUAGGUUGCGUGAACUCAACGGGAACAUCAUUUGGGUGCAAACGCUGUACGAAGCCGAUCGUCUCGCAAACACAUCAUCUACUGGCGAGGGUGACGCCCUUGUCAUCGCCGGUCUCGUCGACGGAGAGGAAACUGGAAGUCAAGCGGGCGACGAUGAAUCAAUUAAAGACCUACCCGUUUCUAUACCACAGGCGCAGUCGCGUUCGGCGAAACACAAACAACGCGCAUUAGACCUCUUCAAACGCGUCUCCUCCCGUCGCAAGGCACUACCUGUCGAAGAGGCGAAGAUAAUCAUCGAGGAGGACGAGGAACUAUUUCUCCUGAAGCGCACAAAGAAAGGCGCAGCAUGCAUGCCAGACACAGUAGGCGUCCAAUUCACGAAAGACAUCGAUGACAAGAUCACGACGCCACGUGACGCUGUUAUCAAGACAACGAACUAUUCUGCAUUCCUCGGUACGAAUCUACUCCUAACGCUGCGAGCAAGGCUCAUUACGGAGAUCUACGUGUGUGGGUGUCUUAGUAAUGUCUCUGUGCUCGCGACGGUCAUCGAUGGUGCGCGCCAUGGUAUCAAGAUCAACGUGAUUCAAGACGCUCUUGGCUUUCGCAAGCAGGCUCGACAUGAUCUCGCCCUGAAGCGGAUGGAAGACUUUUUCGAUGCAUACAUGGUCACAACUGCAGAUGUUCUUGCAAAGGAGCAUUUCGAAGUUGUUGUGCCAGCGAAAGAGGAUGUGAAACACGAUGCGGAGGUUACCAAGAGAUCAAAAGACGACCUUGAAGUGCUUGUUGGCAACUUAACUCUGCAAGAGAAAACGGACACUACAACAACACCGUCGAAUAGCUACUCGACUAAAACUGCUGAUGAUCAGCCCGUUCCUUCCAAGAUUUCGAGCUCUGGAACACCGGAUAUUGUCUCUGCCAGACAUGUAGACAGUGAUGAGGAGUUUACCGCAGCGGCAGCGCAGUAUCGGCGGACUAAUGGUGGAGGGCAGCGACCAGCAGAAAACAAUGAAUCAAAGUUGGUUCAGAGCAAGACGCGUAUGAGGAAGAAAAAGAAGAAAAGGCCUGUAACAGAUACUUCCAUGGAGCCAGGUGUGUCCAAUGGCAACUCGAAGGAAGCCGAUUCUCAUAGUCAGCCGCCUGUGACGACGCCUGACGGAAGUAUGUUGCAACAAGAGGAGGCAUUGAGCGUACAAGCUCACGGCGGCAUACUACACAAGGACGAGGCCGAGUCACGACCACCCAAUACGAACAUUCAAGAGGCGACCAUGUCGAGCAAAGAUAGUCCGGUUGACAAGACGAGUCCAGCCCCGACCAAAGCGCCAAUCAGUGGGCCAGCUGCAGACUUGACGACCAUCGAAGUAGAUCCUUCCCCAACCUCUCUUGUACCAGAACCUUCUUCCACAUCACCAACACCCAACACCAUAUCUGCAGAGGUUGGAACAAUCUUACCAACACAAUCGCAGACUGUUACAACGACCAAAGCCUCCAAGCUAAGAUCCCUUGCGAAUUUCACUGUACUGGGCCCGGGCGAUACUAUCGCCGACGGCGACUCUCGAAUCGUGCACGAUUUUAUCCCAUCGAAUUAUUACCAUCCGUCCCAUCCAGCACAGCCUCUUGCAGAUACGAUAUUUCAGCAGCUCUACAAUGAGGUACGAUGGCAGAAGAUGCUCCAUCGGCAAGGAGAGGUACCGCGGCUAGUCUGUUGUCAGGGCGAAUUUGGUGACGACGGAUCAAAACCAAUAUACCGCCAUCCGGCAGAUCAGACGCUACCCCUGCUCCACUUCUCCUCGAAGGUGCAGUGGAUCAGGAGGGCAGCUGAGAACCUUGUCGGACACCCUCUCAACCACGUUCUCAUCCAGCUGUAUAGAAGUGGAAAUGAUUACAUCUCGGAGCAUUCGGACAAAACGCUCGAUAUUGCCACAGGCUCAUCUAUCGUAAAUGUGAGCUUUGGUGCGCAAAGGGUAAUGCGCUUACGCACGAAGAAAGGCUCAAUGACCAGGGCAAACGGUGAUGAAGACUCUUCACGUGAAACCCAGCGUGUCGCAAUGCCACACAACUCUAUGUUUGUACUUGGCUUCAGGAGUAACGAACGAUGGUUACACGGCAUAAUGGCGGAUAAACGCAUCGAAGCCGAACGCAGCGACGUCGAAACUGCGUAUUCGGGAGUUCGCAUCAGCUUGACCUUCCGACAAAUUGCAACUUUUCUCGACGCCAGAGAAACCGUUAUCUGGGGUCAAGGUGCAACAUCUAAGGACCAGCGUGGCGCAGCUGACAUCGUUAAUAACGACGAAGAAGAAGCCGAACGUAUGAUCAGAGCGUUCAGUCGCGAGAACCAGAGCAAUGACUUCGAUCGGGACAAAUGGUAUGGCGAAGGCUUUGAUAUCCUCCACUUGCACGAGGCGCCGGAACAGCUUCCGAUUCUUUUUGCCAGUAGCAAUGUGCUUGAGAUGAAACAAGUCCAGCUUGCACUCUGGGAAAGUAAGAUCAAUCACAAAGUCCUCGAGGCACCAGAUCUUGAGAAGGGACUUGUCACGGAACAGAGACUUGUUUUCCGCGACAAUGAUACUCACUUCACAGAGGUCGAAGGUCUAUCGUCUGUAUUACAUUACAUCGACCGCUACCACUCGUUCUGUGCAGAUAAACCUGUUACAUCUGCAGCGUACGCACUACUGGCCAUGUUUACACAACGGGCAAACUUCUUGCCUGAACGUAUUGCGAGCCUCACAUCUCCGAGUUUGGCGACGAACGACUUGGAACUCACCGCUUCACUGCACGUAUUAUCUGAGCAACUCAAGGACCAUGGCGGCCCGUUCAUUGCCGGAAAGCGGUUCAGCAUCGCAGACUGUGUUCUCUGGCCAGUGCUAGAUGAGUGCGUUGAGAACUGGGUGGACUGGGAUGAGACGAGAUGGCCAGAUCUGAUGGAGUAUUACAGGCUAGCUUGGAAGAAAAAGGCCUGCUUGAAGAAGUUGAGAUUAGAGUUGCCUGUGGCAAAGGAAAAGGUUUAGUAUGAAGAGCGAAGUCGUCACUAUUGGCCCUGCAUAGCUGAUUGAUCAAUGUAUUACUUGAAAGACUUGUCACUCAUCGCCUUGUGUAUACAAUAUGUUCUCUAACGUAGAAGCAUCGAGGAGCCAAGAGUAUCGUCCGGGGACCAGAGUAUAGCACCUUCGGCUCCUAAAAAGCCGUGGGUCACGUGCGUGCAGUGGCUCUCACGUGCAUGUUGCCGUCUGUACUGCCAAGAUAUCUGUCGGCAUCCUGAAGCGCCGACUUCCUUAGAUUC